AUGUCCCACACCUAUGACUUUUUCAAGCCAAACCUCUCUUCCGAAUACCCUGUUGUAGAUGGGCCUCUUUCCAUCACCACCUAUCUCACCGCUCUCGACAAUGCUUAUGCGCGCUAUUGCGAAAAGUACAACAAGCGCGCUGCGCUCACGAAUGGACACGCUAAUGGCACCAAUGGCUAUACCAACGGCGUCAAUGGUCACUCGGAGCCGGCAAAGGCUUCGCUUUCUGGCUUUGAUUACAUGGUCUACCACUCGCCCUACGGCAAGCUCGUUCAAAAGAGCCAUGGUCGCCUUAUGUACAAUGACUUUGUCGCCAACCCCUCUGCCCCCGAGUUCUCGUCGAUCGAGAACCCGGAAGCCCUCCUUGCAGUCCCUCGCGCCAAGUCGUACUCGGACAAAAAUAUUGAAAAGACCUUCAUAUCUCUUUCCAAGGGGCACUAUGCCAAGCAUGUCGAGCCGGGAAUGCAAUGCGCCCAACGCUGCGGAAAUAUGUACACCGCGUCGCUCUACGGCGGUCUGGCUUCCCUCCUCGCCACUGUUCCACCGGAGACUUUGCAGGGCAAGCGUAUUGCCAUGUUCGCAUUCGGAAGUGGCUGCGCGUCGAGCUACUGGGGCAUCAAGGUCAAGGGCGAUACGACCGAGAUCCGCACCAAAAUGAACUUGCUUGCUCGCCUCGAGUCUAUCAAGGUCGUUCCCUGCGAAGAGUUUGUCGGUGCUUUGAAGAUUCGCGAACAGAAUCACAAUGCCGCACCCUAUGCUCCCACUGGCUCGAUUGAGAACCUAUGGCCGGGCUCAUAUUACCUCGAUUCGAUUGAUGACAAGUUCCGACGCAAGUAUGCUGUCACGCCCGAUGCAUAA